AUGUCUUCUCCUUUAUCGGGCGGUUCGGGAAAGCGGAAGAGAAACGAAGCUGUACCAGCAGUCCAACUACAAGCCUCAUCCCGAGACGCAUCCGGUGAGGAUGGCGAAUCCACAGCCCCGGAGCCCAGCUUAAAACACAAAAAGGGCACCUCAAUCGACGCGUCCAACCCGCCGGCGAAGCGAUUGCGUUCAUCGACUCACGAGAAGACCUCUAACGGGUUGCAAGACCCUGGCGAGCCCUCCGACACAACUGAAGGCAGCACUGAUAUUGCAAACCGAGUCACAAAGAAAGGGCGGAAGAGCAUAUCGAAAGAAGAUGAGGAAAAGUCGCAGAUUAUGGCGCCACCGCCCAUUGGCAAGUUGACGGACCCUGUUGGGUACAAGACGAACGAACCUCCCGUUGGCAGACCGGUUCGGGUGUAUGCGGAUGGUGUAUUUGAUUUGUUUCAUCUUGGGCACAUGCGCCAGCUCGAACAAGCCAAGAAGGCCUUCCCAGACGUUUAUCUUCUCGUUGGUGUGACGGGCGAUAAAGAGACACAUAAGCGAAAAGGACUUACUGUACUCUCGGGACAAGAGCGCGCUGAGACAGUCAGACAUUGCAAGUGGGUCGACGAGGUUAUCGAUGACUGCCCAUGGAUUGUUACACCUGAAUUUCUGGAGGAGAAGAAGAUCGACUACGUUGCUCAUGAUGAUCUUCCAUAUGGUGCUGAUGAGGGCGAUGAUAUCUACAAGCCGAUUAAGGAAGCGGGGAAGUUUUUGGUCACACAAAGGACGGAGGGCGUGAGUACUACUGGGAUAAUCACCAAGAUUGUUCGUGAUUAUGAAAAGUACAUUGCCCGUCAAUUCAAACGCGGAACUUCGCGUCAAGAACUCAACGUAUCAUGGCUGAAGAAGAACGAGCUUGAUCUCAAACGUCAUGUCACAGAGAUGAGAGAUUCUAUUCGGUCCAAUUGGAGUACUACCGGCCAGGAACUAGGCAAAGAGAUCAAACAAUUCUGGCAAGCCAGCCGACCUGGCAGUCCUGCUAGAAUGGCAAGCUACGAUGAUUCCUCAAAAGGUGGCUCGCUCUCCAGCCCAUCUGCUCUUUCGCAUCUCACUCGUCGUCUGGAAGUCCCUAGACCUGAUAGCCCAGGCCCCGGAAGCGAUUUUGCCACUGGAUAUAGCUUGGGUUUGAUUGGCGGUGUUAGAUCAUGGAUGACUAGGAGCCGCCAGACCAAUCGUGAUAGUAUUCACGAAAGUGAUAGCAGCGAAGAAGACAGCGAUGAGAAAUCCCCAGCUCACGGCAGAAAUGGGCAGGGUGAAAGGUCUACCGAGGAAGAAAGACAGGUUGACGCCCAGAUUACGGCCAUGAUGGAUGAAAACUCCAAGGCUUCUGGAGCUUAA